GGUAAUUGCAACUGUGAUAUUUGACGGUAGAUCGUUCGACACCAUCACCAAGCCGAAACAGAAAAAAUAAGCGGGCCCGAUACACAUACACGCUUCGGUUAAUAGUGACUCGUACCGAGCGAGUAGUGAUACGAGUUUGGUGGAUACGCGAGUUAAAUUCCGCAUGCUGUGGUGCAGUUUUUCGGUGGUUGUCCGAUCGAGGGGUGUUUCACUUCGAUAAAUUAUACUGUAAAGUGAAACCGGUAACUAUGAUGAUUAAAAGACCAAUACGAGACGGUAACUCAAUGGAGGGGUAAAAGUGCAGUGCCGGCGGGGUGAUGCCCGACGGGGGCUAGCAUGGAGGAAGGGCCGGAUUUGUCCCACUUGACUCCUGAAGAGCGGGCCAUCAUCGAAUCGGUCAUGGUCCGGCAGAAGGAGGAAGAGGAGAGGGAACAGGAAAUUAUGAGGAAGAAAGCAGACGAGGUCCAAUCGUUGGAACAACAAAUUCGGGCCAGGAACGAACUACAAAAGAAAGCCGGCGUCGAGUUGGAAGCCACCUGUCACAUUUGUCUCAAAACCAAGUUUGCUGACGGUAUCGGCCAUAUUUGCAACUAUUGCACGAUACGAUGCUGUGCGAGAUGCGGCGGCAAAGUGACACUGAGAUCUGGAAAGUCGGUCUGGGUAUGCAUCCUUUGUCGCAAAAAGCAAGAACUACUUGGCAGAACGGGACAAUGGAUGCAAGGUGGUAUGCAAGCCGUCAUGUCAGAUCCAGAAGCUGCCAUGAUGGCUUCAGUGAUGCAAUCGGAUAAAAGGCCAAAACUAGAACGAGCACAUUCGGCAGCUGAGAAAGAAAAUCAACCGUUACAAAGAUCCGGCAGCGUAUUAAGAAGGCAAUACUCGGAAGAACAAUCUCGUACACCUUCUUGUGACCGAUAUAAAAAUUACAACGAAGAAGACCCGAGAUUUUAUCAAGGAGAGUUAGAAGGACUGAUGCGAGCGCACCCACACUUGCUACCCAGAAUUUACCCGGAACAAAAUCCGGCCAAUCAGCCGGACUUACGACAAGAAAGGCUACAGGGUCAAGCCAGUGCCACGAAAAAGCACAAAAGGCAAACGAAGCACCAGCAGCACCAAUCGGCACCACCGCCACAAUUGCAACUACAUUCCUACUCUAGUUCGGAGGAAGAUUUGAAGAGUACUCCAGAGUACGGUAGUGAUCGUGACAGCGAAAAAGGUCAACCUAAUGUCUCAUGGCCGGAUAGCGAAAUCUACGAACGACCACACGUUUUGGUUACAUCACCUGGUAGUCCUGAUCGUCAGGAAGCUGCGCCCUCUUUGCAAGCUCCAAGUGUUGGAGGCCGGAUACAAAUUCGAAUGGGUUUUGACCCAACAACUCUACAACUUCUAGUAACCAUAGUGUGCGCCGCCGGUUUGAGACCUCGAAGCGAACAACAACCUCGAAAUCCGUAUUGUAAACUUUUUCUUUUGCCGGAUAGAUCAGAGAAAAGCAAACGAAGAACUCGGACAUUGGGAGGUACAAUCGAACCAAUGUGGAACCAAACCUUUGUCUAUUCAGGUCUCAGACGGGCCGACCUUAGACUCAGAGCUCUAGAAAUAACCGUUUGGGAUUAUGUUAGAUAUGGUGCCAACGAUUUUUUAGGCGAAGCCAUUGUCGAACUUUGGCCUUUGGAAGAACAACCGAUGUGGCGGCAGCUGGUACCACACGAGGAGGUUGCCUUAACACCAAGCGAACACCUUUCUCCACCAAGUACGGGUAGUCGUUUUUCCGACAGCGACACACCAUCUGAGUGUGAAAUUGAGGGUGGACGAGAAAGAAGAGGCGCAGAUGGUGCUAGUGUAAGCAGCGUGGGAAGUUCAUCCAGUCCUCCUAGGGAGUGCGAUAGACGAUCUAGAAGGGAUCAAGAGCCUGUGCAAACUUAUAAGUACCGAAGAGAUGGUAUGGUUGGUCACCGUUCCCACUCAGCUGCCCCUGGCGAAGGUCAAGUAAUACAUUCUUCCCGAUCACGUUCCAAAUCACCACGACGAAUGCCUACAGACUACCGAUCACUAUCGCCACCCGAUUGCGACACCGCCAUCUUUUCAGGAGCCAGGUUCAAAUCCAGGUCCGCUACAGCCACUCCUACCGGUUCCCCCAAGAAACGACAGUUGCCUCAGGUACCGCACGCGCUUGCUCGUGCGCUACAAGAACGAGUUGCGCAAGAUUUAGAAGACCGGGGAGGUAAUCAUCGUCGCGUAAGGUACCUUCACAACUACAGAAGUACUGGGUCCAGCUGGGAACGACGCUAUAGUGGUUUAAGUGAUAGUGAUCUGACUAGUCAUGCAAGAACCACUAGUCAUAGGCGACCAAUAUCACCGGAUAGAGAUAGAGAUCCGUUAGGUUUAGGAGAUUUUGAUAGUGAUAUGGAAUCGGUGGUGUCGGUGACAAGCAGUUCCUUUUCGACGCAAAGUGAAAGACCUAGGGGGAACAGAUUGUCUAGCAAUGAAUACUCCAACUACUCAUCAAGAGACUAUCGAAUAACAAGAAACUCCAUGCCCAGUGAUAGAGGAGCCGAAAGAGAUAUAAUGGAUCCAAUGGAGCCGCAUCAUCAUCAUCAUCAUCAUCACAGGUAUCAUGAUGAGCCGGAACUUCAUGAUCAUCAUCACCACCAUCAUCAUCAUAGAAGAGAAGGAACUGUGAAGCGAGGACAGUUUACUAGGAGUUUAUCGAAUACUGAUGCACCUUCAGAAGAUAAGGCUGAUGGUAGUCUAAGUGAUACGGCUGUAAGUCAAUUGCACGGUUUAGAAGUUCCACAAAGAGAUAGAAAAGAUCGAGAUCGAGAUAGGGAUAGACAAACUCAGUUUACGGGGCUGAAUAAAAAGAGUAGCUCUACUAGUCAACUUUCGGCUACAGGUCGAAAAAGACGAAUGGGCUUCGGACGUAGAGGUAAAACGUCCUUUACUGUACAUAGAUCAGAAGAAGUACUGCCAGGUGACGUACGGUUGUCGAAGCAGGGUUCCUCGGCGUCCAGCGAUGGAGAGGGCUCGACUGACGGCGACAGGUGGUCACCAUCCUUAAGGUUAACUGGCGAGGGUCAGUUAGCUGAAUUCAUCGAAGGCUUAGGUCCAGGCCAGCUAGUUGGUAGGCAAGUGUUGGGAGCUCCAUCUCUUGGAGAUAUUCAACUUUCACUGUGCCAUCAGAGAGGAGUGCUUGAAGUCGAGAUUAUACGCGCCAGAGGUUUACAAGCACGACCUGGAUCAAAGAUUUUACCUGCGCCUUAUGUUAAAGUGUACCUGGUAUGUGGAAAAAAAUGCUACGCAAAAGCGAAAACCCAACAAGCUCGGAGAACGCUGGAUCCUUUGUAUCAGAAACAAGUAACUUUUAAGGAAAACUUCACAAAUUGUAUACUUCAGGUUACUGUAUGGGGUGAUUAUGGUCGAAUCGAGGGCAAAAAAGUCUUUAUGGGCGUUGCGCAAAUCAUGCUUGACGAUCUUAAUUUAAGUAACAUUGUCAUAGGCUGGUACAAGCUCUUCGGUACGACGUCCUUGAGAUAAGACCAACCUAUUUAGUUCUAAGGAGACAGUUUCAAAUAGCGUAAGUAUAAGGCUGAACGAGAUUCCAGUGAUCCAGAUGCUGCUCCGAACAAUGGAAGCUGCUUAUUACAUUGAACUCUAGUGUUAAAAACUUUAAAGACAAUUUUACAAAUUUUUGUGCUCCAAAUAUUUGAAUUAUUCCUUUUACAGGGCAAAAAAUAUACACAGGACUAUAUCCCGAUUAUUCCAAAAGGAUAUAUUCAUAAAUUCACUAUUGGAAUAUUUGGAGCACCUAUCCAAAAAAAAAAAACACACGAACUUGUUGAAAUAUAUCAGAAUAUUAUUUAAAUUAUUGUACCUACUGUUAAUUACAGCAAAAGAAGUGAUUUAGACAGGAGAUUUAGCCUAAAAAAAAUUUAGGACUUAGUGUAUAAAAUGAAAAGUGAAAAAAAUCCGUAUAAGUGUAGAUACCACGCACACAUACAGUUAUAGUGUCACUAAAUCAUAUCGAAAUAUUAUUAAAUUAAACAGGGCGACUUAUAAUAGCGAGUGAUAUAAUUGAUUGGGGGGAGUCUAGAAGAUUUGAUUAGAUUUGAAAUAUUAAAGAUUAUUCCCUACCAAUAUCUACCAAUUUGCUUAACUUCAAAACUAUCUUACUUUUCUGGUCAAAUGUUUUGGAAGAUAUUUCUGCUUCUAUGGACAAUUUUUUUAUUUAUGAAGUUUAUGUUGUUUUUCUGUCAUCUUUUAUUUUCUGUAAUCUGAAGGGUGAUAUGGCUAUAAGCCCUGCAGAGUAGACUCUUUUCUGUAAACUAAUUGUGAGUAGAAAACACUUUUUCUGUAGAUUACAAGUGCUGGAGAUUUUAUAAGGGAACCUUCACAUUUCUUUGAUGGGGAAACAUAUUUGUUCAAGAUCGUGAUUUUUUUGUAGGUCCAAGUUCUCUUCUCCAGCCUUUUCAAUACUAUGUUUUAAAGGCCGGAAGAAAGAGUCGAACUCCAAUUUAAGUUGUCUUGUGAUGUUUCUGUGGUCAUCGGGGUUUUUGGAAUAAUGUAAAUGCUCAAAAGAUAUUUGGGACUAUAGAGGGUCUCCCUAGGGAGUUUGAUUUUAGGUCAUUUAUUUCUUGAGAUCAUGGAGACCAGUGUUGGCUUGACCUUGAAAGUGGCUUGAGAAUUUGUUGGGGCUUGAGGAGCCUUUUGAUCUGGGGUUUUAAGUAGAAUUGGAGGAGCCUGUGGAGCUGGGGAGGCAUUAUCAACCAAAUAAUAUUUAAUGGCAGGACUGGAGCUGUGAUGGAUAUUGAUGGAUUCCGCAUUGAGUUAGACUUGGAGAUGUCGUGUAGCAGGAGUGGAGACCAGUCGCAUCAAUGUCUGGGAUAGGGAAGAAAUCCAGCAACUGUUUGUGAAAAUCUUCUAAGGGCAGAGAUUCCUGGGAUGGUUGUGACGGAUUUAGCACUGUAUCUAAGCUCUUCUGCAUUUCAGGAUUUUUGACUGAUAUAGCUAAAGCAUUGUGUUUACAAGCAUCUGCUAAUGGCAAGAAAUUACUCAUUAUUAGGUGGACGAACAAGAAAAAUAGGAUUGAUGGUUAAGACCUUUAUGAACAAAAACACUACAGGUUCAGGGUGUUUUUUUAUAUAUUGAUACCCCACCUACAACCUUUACCUUUACAGGUAGAAGAAUGGUGUAAAUACAAAAGUUGUACAGUUUUGGCUGAAUUUUUAGAAACCAUGGUCAGAAACAACAUUUGAAUGUCAGAAAUGUGAAAUAUUGCAUGCUUUCAGCUUUUUUCAAAUGGGAUGCCCUAUAUUUCAUUCUAUAUUCUUGAAGAGCACAAGGCCCCGAUUCCAAAAAUAUAUAGUUUGUCUAUUAGAAUAGAUUUGUCAGAAUUUGUAAGAUUAUCCACUUUUUGUCAAUUUGCCUUUUAACAGGAAUUAGGAAUGUUACUUUAUCAAACUAGUACGUAAUAUAAUGUGACAAGUUAUUCAAGUACAAUCGAGUGGAUUGUUGCGGAACUUAUGGGUGGACCUCUGCGGGACGAGCGCAGCGAGUUCCGCAGCCAUCUAUUUAUCAGUAUAUUGUUUGAUUACGAUACUUACCUGACUCACUCAAAUGUGAGUUAUUCUUAUUAAUUUAAAAACUACAAGUUUCAGAUGAAUGUCUUAUUUGAAUAGUUCAAUAGUAUAUUGGUGAGUAGAUAGCUGCGGAACUUGCUGCGCUCGUCCCGCAGAGGUCCACCCAUAAGUUCCGCAAUAAUCCAUUUAUUUGUAAUUGAACAAUAACUUAUUAUAUAAAGUCAAAAUUUGUAAGAUUAUGUUUAUUCACUUUUUGUCAAUUUGCCUUUCAACUGGAAUUAGUAUGUUACUUUACUAAACUAGUAACAUAAUGUGACAAGUUAUUCAAGUACAAAUGAGUGAAUUGUUGCGGUACUUAUGGGUGGACCUCUGCGGGACGAGCGCAGCCAGUUCCGCAGCCAUCUACUCACCAAUAUACUGUUGAACUGUUCAAAUAAGACACUCACCUGAAACGUGUAGUUUUUGAACUAAUGAGUAUAACUGACAUUUGAGUGAGUCAGGUUAGCAGCCAUCUAUUCAUCAAUAUGUUGUUUAAUUACGAUACUAACCUGACUCACUCAAAUGUGAGUUAUUCUCAUUAGUUUAAAAACUACACGUCUCAGGUGAGUGUCUUAUUUGAACAGUUCAACAGUAUAUUGGUGAGUAGAUGGCUGCGGAACUCGCUGCGCUCGUCCCGCAGAGGUCCAUCCAUAAGUUCGGCAAAAAUCCAUUUAUUUGUACUUGAACAAUAACUUAUAUAAAGUCAAAAUUUGUGAGAUUAUCCAGUUUUUGUCAACAGGAAUUAGUGUUACUUUACCAAACUAGUAAUAUAUUGUGACAAGUUAUUCAAGUACAAACGAGUGGAUUGUUGCGGAACUUAUGGGUAGACCCAGCCAUCUAUUCACCAAUAUGUUGUUCAAGUAUAAUACUAACUUGAUUCACUCAGUUUUGAAUUUUUUUCAUUAGUCCAAAAACUACACGUUUCAGGUGACUGUCUUAUUUGAACAGUUCAACAGUAUAUUGGAGAGUAAAUGGCUGAGGUCCACCCAUAAGUUCCGCAAUAAUCCCCUUAUUUGUACCCUCAAAAAUCCUGUCAAAAAAUGGCAAAUUGAAUGAAACAAAUCAUUAGGCCGAUGAAUAUGUUGGUAUAAAAUUGAAGGCAACGAUCUUCUGUGCUUUUUCAAGUAAGGAAACCUCUCCAAAAGCUGUCGAACUAUCAGGUUGCCUGGGAGAAAAUCAUGGAACGUUCAUGUAUGAAAUGUAUUGAAGCCUUUUUCAGCUCUAGUCACGAGUAGGGAGCCACUAUGACGAUAUCAUAAUCACGGUAAUUGGUUUAAAACUUUUUAUCUAAAGUCAGGGCCCUGAAAAAUAUCUUCUAAUUCCAAUGAAAACAAGCAAAUUGAAUCUCUUUCUCAAAUUCACUUAGAAUAUCUUCUCAUACUCUUCUAGACUCGCCCAGCUAUCCAUGAGCUUUUAAACGAGCUCUCUGUGUGCUUUAUUGGAAUUGAUAAAAAUGCUUUUUUACUUAAAAACCUUAUAAAGGCCCGGCCAUUUUUGCGCCGCCAUUUGUAAAUUAUGAAUAAAAUAGGAAAGCGUUUACUUCCAUGGGACAACAGUACAUUUUGAUGAUUUUUAAAUCAAACGGAGGAUCAUACUGCUCUGGGUUAUGUUUGAAGCAAUUUAUAUGUACUAUUGUUCACAUGUUAAUAUCUGUAUAAUAAAAAGUACUUAUCCUUUAAUUAAUGAAUUGCAUGUGAUAUAAAAUGAUGUUAUGUUGGCUGUUAAACUACCCGCUUGUGAUGGUUAUUUCCUGAUAUAACACACAGAUGUCGCUGAAGUUGGGAAUUUAUUUUUGUUUGCCUCAUACUUGUAUGACCAUCCUUAAGAAAUCUUAAAAACUCGUUUUUUUUCAACAAUAAUGUAUUAUAAUUGUGCCAAUUACAUGUAAAAUAUAAAAUGUACGGCAGAAGUUUAUAAAGCUUUUUUUUUUCUAAAAUAAACUGCCAAACUUUAAUGUCUAUGUUUAUAAAACUUAUCUUUUGUGACUGUUAUCCAGUACCCUCUAUUUAUUAUUUCAAUUUUAAGCUAUUUCUUAAGGGUGCUCGUAAAAUACAAAAAAAAAGAACCAAAGUUAUUUAAAAAAAUAUUCAAAUUUGUACAGAACAUCGAUGUUAUUGCGAACUUUUUUAUUAUAAUUAGAAAAAGAAAAAAUCCUGAAAUAUAUUCAAUAAAAAUGAUAUAUUAUUACUAAAAAAAAAAUCCUUGUAUAUUGAAGCAUUUUUGUAUCUCUAGUUGUUUUUACCUUAAGUGUGUAGAUUCUUUUUAUUGUUGCCUGAUGAAAAAAUGAUGUUAGUGUUUAACUGUUUUUUGCGAAGUUUAUUUUUUUUUUGUUUUCAAGCAACUAACUUGGCAAAAGGAACUUGAGGAAUUUCUAAAUUAAUCAAAAUUUUACACAAUGAAAAGUCAAUAUACCUAUGCGAACAAAAUUAAUCUGAAUAUCUUUCUUACGUAUGUCAUGAGCUGAAAUUAUCAUUAUCAUGAGGAAUAUAUGUAUAGGAAAACACGUCUAAAAUAUCCUUAAUGAGUAUCGAUUGAUGACGACAUCCUAAUACUAUUCCCAGCAAAAACUUCAAAGAAAUAUUCAUAUCGGAUCGAUCAAAUCUAGAUGUUCGAUGUACCAUAAUCUCGAAUUAGAGUAAUGGUACACUAGUAUCCAGUUCUGUUGAUAUUCCAACCACAGAAACGUUUUAGAUGCGGAUGCCCAAACAAGGCAAACCUGAUUGACAUGCUUAAAUGAAUCUGGGUUUCGUUGUGAAUCCUACAUUGCACUGACGAUAUGCAAGAGCACCGAAACUCGUCUGUUACCGGAUUCGCAAUAGAACUGGAUACUUUUGCCUAGAUUUGUCAUUUGCAUAAUUGCUUGUUCAGGAAAAUAUGAAAAUAAUAGUGUGCUCUUCACAUAAUAUAAAUUUCUAGUUCCAUGGAAAUAAUACAUCAACAUACAUACAAAACAUUCUUUUGCCAAGUUUGCUUGAUAUUAAUCAAUAAACAAGUAAAUUAGAGAGAGAAAAACGAUUUCUUUUUGCGUAAAAAAAAAAAAUUAGCAAUAGAAGCUUCAGCCGCUUGAAUCCAAGAAAUAUAAAAAAAUUGAAUAAAAAAUCCCUUGUAACGACACUUUUACUAAAAAGUAUCAUUAAAUUACGAAGCUAAUUCAUACAGGAUGAUAAAAAUUAUUUUUGUUAUUUUAUAAAACAUUUUUUGAGUUUGUAACAAAUGUUUUAAUUCAAACAUUUAUCGUUUGUUAAUGCGUUGAAAAUAUUUGUUACUUGAGCAAAAAUAUAUUAAAAAUAUAUCAUAACACAGUUUUCUAUUAUAUUUUUAUUUUUAAAAACUAGUUUUUAUCUGUCUUAUAUUUUUGAUUAUUCUCAGUACAAUAUGUUUCUUAAGUUUACUUCUUUUGAUACCUGAAAAUAUGAAAACUUUUAUCUGAACCUAAAAUCAAUCAAAGUUUCCGUAUUUUUAUCGGUUGAACUGUAUUAUUUGUGUUCGAUCAACAAAAACAAAUUGCGCAUAUCAUUGGAGUGCAUAAAAAGUCCACUGAAUGUCCGUCUUGAUUCGUUCACUAUCGACUGAUGUAUCCCAU